GCGCUGGGCGCGGUUUCCGGCGAGGAAAAUGGCGCUGGCCAUGCUGGUGCUGAUGGUCCCUCAAGGGCCGGUUACUCGGGCACUGCUCCGAAACUGUUGGGAGCAACUACAGCAGAAGCUUCAGCAAAGCCGGCCAGGCUUUCCCAGUCCUUCGUGGGGACCAGCAUUAGCAGUCCAGGGUCCAGUCUUAUUUACAGAACCAGCAAAUGAUACAAAUGGAAGUAGGGAGAAUUCCAGCCUUUUGGAUAGUAUCUUUUGGAUGGCAGCUCCCAAAAACAGACGCACCAUUGAAGUUAAUCGUUGCAGAAGAAGAAACCCUCAGAAGCUUAUUAAAGUUAAGAACAAUAUUGACACAUGUCCUGAAUGUGGUCACUUGAAACAGAAACAUGUCCUUUGCGGCUAUUGCUAUGAGAAGGUGCGCAAGGAAACUGCAGAAAUUCGACGACAGAUAGGGAAACAAGAAGGGGGCCCUUUUAAGGCUCCUGCCAUAGAGACUGUGGUGCUGUACGCUGGAGAGACCCCACAGGAACAAGAUCAGGGCAAGAGGAUCAUUGAACGAGCCAGAAAGCGGCCAUCCUGGUUCACUCAGGAUUAACACCAAAAAUGUUAAAAGAGGCUAACUUCACAGUAAACCAUUUUUCCUGAAACAGGAAGACUCUUUUCAAUGUUGUGUGCUUCUUUUUAAAUCAUCACUAUAGUUUAAAGCAUUCUUUGUAAGCAGUUUGUGUGGGUUAAAGAGUACAUUGUGAGUAAACUCUGAAAAUGUUUAUGCAAAGGCCAAAUGGAUUAAUAUAUCUGUUUACUAUGUAUAAGGUUUUAAGUAAACAUAAAAUUCCAGGAAAAAUAAAAAAAAAAAUUAAAAUUUAU